AUGUCCGACCCACAGGGACCGCUCACCUCGAGGUUAUCUUCCACCAUAAAGUCAACAGCCGAUUCACUCGCUUCUUCCGUCAAACCUGCAGAGAACGAAUUGGCGAGAUGGAGGAGGACUUUUGAUAGGUUCGCAAAAGAGGAGAUUGAGGGGAAGAAAUACCUCAAUCCUUCUCAAUUUAUCGAUGCUAUCGCUCCGACAGAUGAGGGCUUCAGUAAGAUUAAAAGGGAACAAUAUACCAAUUUGUUCAAAGUAGCGGACAAUACUGGACGAGGAUUGGUAUCAUGGGAGGAUUUCGUUGUGUUUGAGACCUUGCUGAAACGACCCGAUGCGGAUUAUCAACUUGCUUUCCUCGUCUUUGACACCGACGCCUCUGGAACUAUCGAGUUUGACGAAUUCAAAGCGGUGCUCUCUGCUAACACUGCUGCCAGUGGAAUACCCUUUGACUUUGAUUGUGACUGGAUGAAACUUUACGUUGGUAAACGAGGUGGACGACAUGUUUUGGGAUAUCACGAAUUCACUCAGCUCAUAAAAGGAUACCAAGGUGAAAGGCUUCGACAAGCUUUCCACCACUUCGAUCAAGAUGGUGAUGGCUAUAUCAGUCCGGAAGAAUUCCAAAGAAUCAUCGUAGAGAUUGCUGGACACAAAUUGUCAGAUUCAGUUCUUGAGAGGUUACCUACGCUUUGUACGAUGAAUCCGGGUAGGAAGAUCAGUUAUUCGGAGGUCAUCGCUUUCCAUAAUAAAAUGGACGCUGUCGAACGUAUUAUCGAACACGCAGUUAGGAAAUCAAAAGACGGACGAAUCGAUAUAUCAGAUUUCCUGGACGAAGCCGCUUCUAGUAUGCGAUAUGGAAUGUUCACCCCUAUGGAGGCACAAAUCAUUUGGCAUUUCGCUACUCGUGGAAGUGCUUCCACUAGCUCUCGACUCGGUUUGGCUGAUUUCCAAGCUCUUCUUGAUGCCAAGUGGCAACCACCUGAAGCUGCUGUACAACCUCAAGUAACAGCCUCUCGAAGUGUUCUGUCGCAAUUAGGUCAAUCCGCCUACGGUUUCUUCCUGGGUGGUAUAGCAGGUGGUAUAGGUGCCUAUGUUGUAUACCCAAUUGAUUUGGUCAAGACUCGAUUACAAAAUCAACGAUCUACUGUGGUCGGAGAAGUGCUCUACCGAAAUGCCGCAGACUGCGUAAGAAAGGUAUACGCCAACGAAGGAGGUAUACGAGCUUUCUACCGAGGUGUCAUGCCUCAGCUCGUCGGUGUCGCACCCGAGAAAGCCAUCAAAUUGACCGUCAACGAUUUCGUGAGGAAAAAGGCAACAGAUCCUGAAACUGGUAGAAUCCCAUUGUACAUGGAGAUCUUUGCGGGUGGUAUGGCCGGUGGAUGUCAAGUGGCUGUCACCAAUCCUCUUGAAAUUACGAAAAUUCGUUUACAGAUGGCCGGUGAGAUAACGAGAGCGGAAGGAGGUGGUGCCGUACCCCGAGGGGCGCUGCAUAUUGUCAAACAACUUGGUUUGGUGGGAUUGUACAAGGGUGCUAUUGCUUGUUUCUGGAGAGAUAUUCCUUUCUCAAUGAUUUACUUCACAGCAUACGCUCACUUGAAGAAAGAUCUUUUCCACGAAGGCAGACGAGGAAAAGUGCUCAGUUUCGGAGAACUUCUCACUGCUGCCGGUAUCGCUGGUAUGCCCGCUGCUUACUUGACAACACCGGCCGAUGUGGUUAAAACCCGACUUCAGUCGCAAGCCCGAGCUGGUCAGACCGUGUAUAAAGGUGUUGUAGAUGGAUUCACCAAAAUCUUACAGGAGGAAGGUGUCAGAGCUUUGUACAAGGGUGGUCUUGCUCGAGUGAUUCGAUCAUCUCCUCAAUUCGCCGUGACACUAGCGAUGUAUGAAGUCUUAUCCAAGACUUUCCCCUACCCAUUCGCCCCUGCUGUCCCUCUCGCACCUACCACUUCCCGACCGUCAUUAUCGUCUUCUCAGGACAUCUCGAGAGUAAGAGCGAGAAACGCCCUUAGGAUCUUGUUAGAUUGCAGUUCGAGGUUCGGUAUGGUCAAUAGUCAAACGGCUUCGCAAGGUGUAGCGAGUUUACCGAAAGUUUUCAGAUCUUCGUCGUCAUAG